AUAAGCCCCCAAAACUACCAUAUUCGUCGUAAUCUUCAUUGCUCUUCAGCUUCGCAUGUUUUCUUCAUUCGCUGAGUCGUCGUAGCCCCAAAUCAGUUCCAAUCCAACUGAAAAAACCCUAACUUUGUUUCAAACUGUAUUAUAUAUUCUCUGUAUCACAGAUAUUGUAUUUCGUUCGAUUAGUUCUUCAAAGUCUGAAACAGUAAGCCGAAGAUUGCUUCACAUUCAUCAUUUUCUGAUUCAGAUCGGUCAAACAAUGAUAUUUUCGAAGAUUGGGCGUUCGUUGUCCCGAUCGUCUCGUGCAAGAAAUGUGUUAACUGGUGGUAUUGGGAGAUCGGCGUUUUUGAACGAAGCAAUUCUUGGAGCUCCGUAUGUAAAUAAUUAUCUCAAUCGAUUCGAUGGAAAGUUGGAAAGUUUUAGGGGAUAUUUAGCUUCGAUAGGAGCGAACAGAGACUUUGCUUCCAAGUCCCGUGUAUCUGACUUGAAUUAUAUUCUUGCUAACCCUAGAAUAUAUAGGUUUUUCUCUAGUGAAGCUCCGAAGAAGAAGAAUUAUGAGAAUUUCUAUCCAAAGGUUAAGAAGGAAAUUCCGAAAGACAAUGGCCAGAAAUCUGAGUCAAAAGGUUCAGAAGAUGCAAAAACAGAUGACCAUGGGAAUUUCCAGGAAACUUUCAUGAAGCUAUUUCAAAAUUUAAUCACUCCUAUAUUAGUUAUUGGGUUGUUUCUCUCCACAUUUUCUUUUGGUACUCGUGAACAGCAUCAGAUUAGUUUCCAAGAGUUCAAGAACAAGCUUCUUGAACCAGGUUUAGUGGAUCAUAUUGUUGUUUCUAAUAAAUCAGUUGCAAAAGUAUAUGUAAGAAACUCACCGCGCAAACAAACAAGCGAUGAUGAUGUUAUUCAAGGACCUGGUAAUGCUAAUCCUGCAAAAGGGAACACUAGCCAAUAUAAGUACUCUUUCAAUAUCGGAAGUGUUGAAUCUUUUGAGGAGAAGCUGGAGGAAGCCCAGGAAGCAUUAGGGAUAGAUCCUCAUGAUUAUGUUCCUGUUACAUAUGUUUCUGAAAUGGUUUGGUACCAAGAACUGAUGCGGUUUGCACCGACACUCUUGCUUUUGGGAUCCCUUUUAUACAUGGGCCGUAGAAUGCAAGGUGGACUAGGCGUUGGAGGUACUGGUGGAAAGGGUGGCCGUGGAAUAUUCAACAUAGGAAAAGCUCAUAUUACAAAGGUGGAUAAGAAUGCGAAGAACAAGGUCUUUUUCAAAGAUGUUGCUGGCUGUGAUGAAGCAAAGCAGGAAAUCAUGGAGUUUGUGCACUUCCUUAAGAACCCCAAAAAAUAUGAGGACUUGGGGGCAAAAAUUCCAAAAGGCGCUCUUUUGGUAGGUCCUCCAGGCACAGGUAAAACUCUCCUGGCAAAAGCAACUGCAGGGGAAUCUGGUGUGCCUUUUCUUUCCAUAUCCGGUUCAGAUUUCAUGGAGAUGUUUGUUGGUGUUGGACCGUCUAGGGUGAGAAACUUGUUUCAAGAAGCAAGGCAGUGUGCACCUAGUAUAAUAUUUAUUGAUGAGAUUGAUGCGAUUGGUCGAGCAAGGGGACGGGGUGGUUUCUCAGGUUCCAAUGAUGAACGGGAAAGUACUCUAAACCAGUUGCUUGUAGAGAUGGAUGGAUUUGGAACCACUGCUGGAGUAGUUGUUCUUGCUGGCACUAAUAGGCCUGAUAUUUUAGACAAAGCUCUGUUGCGGCCUGGUCGAUUUGAUAGACAAAUUUCCAUUGAUAAACCUGAUAUCAAAGGCCGUGAGCAGAUAUUUCAGGUCUAUUUGAAGAAGAUCAAACUUGAUAAUGAGCCCUCAUAUUUCUCUCAGAGACUAGCAGCCCUCACUCCAGGAUUUGCUGGAGCAGAUAUUGCUAAUGUUUGUAAUGAAGCUGCUUUAAUAGCUGCAAGGAAAGAGGAAAAACAAGUCACACUGGAUCAUUUUGAGGCAGCUAUAGAUAGGAUCAUUGGUGGUCUAGAGAAAAAGAACAAGGUUAUCAGUAAACUUGAACGCCGAACCGUAGCGUACCAUGAAUCAGGUCAUGCUGUUGCUGGCUGGUUUUUGGAACAUGCAGAACCGUUGUUGAAAGUGACUAUUGUUCCUCGUGGUACGGCAGCACUUGGGUUUGCCCAGUAUGUCCCUAACGAGAACCUUCUCAUGACCAAGGAGCAACUUUUCGAUAUGACAUGUAUGACACUUGGUGGUCGAGCAGCUGAACAGGUUUUGAUUGGAAAAAUUUCAACUGGCGCCCAAAAUGACUUGGAGAAAGUUACAAAAAUGACAUAUGCCCAAGUUGCUGUCUAUGGUUUUAGUGAGAAAGUGGGGCUCCUCUCUUUCCCUCAAAGGGAUGAUUCAUUUGAGAUGACCAAGCCAUAUAGCAGCAAGACUGGCGCAAUAAUCGAUACUGAGGUGCGAGAAUGGGUGGCCAAGGCAUAUGAACACACAGUCAAACUGAUAGAGGAACACAAAGAGCAAGUGGCACAGAUUGCCGAGUUGUUGCUUGAAAAGGAAGUACUUCACCAAGAUGACUUGCUCCGAGUUCUGGGUGAACGGCCAUUCAAACCAAGUGAAAUGACAAAUUAUGACAGAUUUAAGCUAGGGUUCCAGGAACACGAUGAGAAGAGUGGACCGAUCGUGGAGGGUGACAGUACAGAAAAUGACGGGUCAUCGCCUCUUGACCCGGAGGUUGUCCCAACUUAAUAAGUUGAGGAUACUGAUUGUAUAUGAAAUGAAAGGAAUCCUCUUUCCUCUCCCUUGCAUUAAUUUAUAAAAUUGGCAUUCUCUGAAUAUGGAAGAUAUAUAUAUAUUGUGUUAUGUUUAUCCCAAAGUUUUCCUACUGACGGCUGAUACACCCACCAAGCGUGAGUAAUGGAAUCGGAGCUGUACCGUUAUACUGUUAACACAAUUAAAACAAUGGCAAUAAGGCCAUGGGACGUCUUGUACUGCAGGCGUUGAAGUUCAUCAAGGUGUAAAAUAAUUGUAAGAGAAGAAAGGAGGGGCUUUGUAAAUUGAUCCUGACUUGAAUUUUGAAAUCUUCUUUGAUUUUUUUAUAUUUAAUCGUAUUUAUUUUUUUGGAGACA